GAGGCAGGCUGCUAGCAUAAUCCGGUGUACAACGGCAAUACCCGAAAACCCUCAUCCAGUCGUCAAACAAGACGUUGCAGUCGUCCCCGAGUCAAGACCUUCAAGAGCCUGCAACAUGGGCGCAUACAAAUACAUCAGUGAGUUGUACAGAAAAAAGCAGUCCGACGUACUGCGUUUUCUUCUCCGUGUCCGAUGCUGGGAGUACCGCCAAUUGAAAGUCGUUCACCGUGCAUCUCGCCCUUCCCGCCCUGACAAGGCUCGUCGUUUGGGAUACAAGGCCAAGCAGGGCUACGUUAUCUACCGUAUCCGCGUCCGUCGCGGUAACCGCAAAAAGCCAGUUCCAAAGGGUGCCACCAAUGGCAAGCCUGUCCGUCAGGGUGUCAACCACUUGAAGCCCCAGCGCAGUCUCAGGAGUACUGCCGAGGAACGCGUUGGAAGGCGUUGCGGAAACCUGCGAGUCCUGAAUUCGUACUGGGUAAACCAGGACGGUGUUUACAAGUAUUUCGAAGUCAUUCUUGUGGAUCCUAACCACAAAGCUAUUCGCCGGGAUCCCCGUAUCAACUGGAUUUCAAAGCCAGUGCACAAACGCCGCGAAGCCCGUGGUCUCACCAGCGUUGGGAAACAGAACAGGGGAUUGGGCAAGGGCCAUCGUCACAACCAUGCUCCUGCUCGCUCAACCUGGAAGAAGCACAACACACUGUCUCUUCGUCGUUACCGAUGAUUUACUUGCAUAUUUUCUGUUCUUCCAUCAUGUUCCUUCAUGCUCGCUAUGCUUUGUAUGACCAUGAAGCUCCGCUAAAAAGAUAUCAUGUGCUCCUACAUCCAGUAAAAGAACUUUUGGAGCUCUGCAUAACUAUCAGCACCGGAUCUCAGCGAUUCUCACGGAUUGUACCCAAAUAAGGCGUACGGUCCGGGUCAUCUAAGCGUUCAUCAUUCCACGGAACAAUUUUUUUUAGUGAUGACAAUACAUUUGCCUCGUGCCCAACAUGCACGGAUUAC